AUUCUAGAAGCACGCUCUUUUCUCCCUGCGCCUGCGUCGCAGCAAACAGCUCUAAGGUGCAGUUGCCAAGCCUUCAAAGGCCGCAGGACCUUCCCGGGUGCCUCCCCUCGAGGCCCCGCAGACCCCUAGCUGCCGGGGGUUCAAGCUCCAGUCGCUGGCCGAGGCCGGGCACCCACCCGGGAACGCAGCGACCUUCCCGGGAGAGCGGCGCCCGCGGGACCUCCCCCAGGGCUUGCAGGGCGGGGUGGCCUCUGCCCACAACGUCCAUCCGAGAGGCCAGAGGCCGCUGAGCUUUAGGGUUCAAGUGCGAGGACCAGCUCCGGCUGCCAGCGGUCCUGGAGCGGUGCCCCUCGGGGGUCGCGCAAGGAGCCUGGGAGGCACCAGCCCGCCUGGCUGACCAUCCAUUAUCAGAUUAGGACCGUUGCUGAAAACAAUGGUUAUUUCAAGCUGAGAACUGGUCCCUGAGAAAAUCGAGUGUUAUUUAAAGAGAGAUGUCUGGGACAAAAUUUACAGCUUGCGUCCUGGGGGAAGUUAUUUGUGGGGAGUUCUGCGUCCCGGUUUGAAAUGUACACUUAAGACAGUGUAGGAAGCCGGUGUUUUGAAGGUAGUGCAAGCGCACCAGUAGGGGUGUGAAGCAGCGUCAAACGAUUGCCCAAGGAAAAAAUAUUGUUUGUGACCCUUGCUAAAUCAAUUAUCAAUGAAAGGGAAGAGAGAAAAGAGUAAACCAUAUAAGAAGAAAUGAGCCUUUCAUUCUGUGGUAACAACAUUUCUUCAUAUAAUAUCUAUGAUGGCGUGUUACAAAACCCCUGCUUUGUGGAUGCCCUCAACCUGGUCCCUCAUGUCUUUCUGUUGUUUAUCACUUUUCCAAUAUUGUUUAUUGGGUGGGGGAGUCAAAGCUCAAAAGUGCAAAUUCAUCACAACACAUGGCUUCAUUUUCCUGGACAUAACCUGAGAUGGAUUCUCACAUUUGCGCUCCUAUUUGUGCAUGUUUGUGAAAUAGCAGAAGGCAUUGUUUCAGAUUCACGGCGGGAGUCGCGGCAUCUCCACCUGUUCAUGCCAGCUGUGAUGGGAUUUGUGGCCACUACAACAUCAAUAGUAUAUUAUCAUAAUAUUGAAACAUCAAAUUUUCCUAAGUUACUUUUAGCUCUAUUCCUGUAUUGGGUAAUGGCCUUUAUUACAAAAACCAUAAAAUUGGUCAAGUACUGGCAGUCUGGUUGGGGAGUAUCAGACCUGCGUUUCUGCAUCACAGGCAUAAUGGUCAUCUUGAAUGGACUCCUGAUGGCUGUGGAGAUCAAUGUCAUUCGGGUCAGAAGGUAUGUAUUCUUCAUGAAUCCUCAGAAAGUAAAGCCUCCUGAAGACCUCCAGGACCUGGGUGUGAGAUUUCUUCAACCAUUUGUGAAUUUACUGUCAAAAGCAACGUACUGGUGGAUGAACACGCUUAUCAUAUCCGCUCAUAAAAAGCCUAUUGAUCUGAAGGCAAUUGGAAAAUUACCAAUAGCAAUGAGGGCAGUAACAAACUAUGUGUGCCUGAAAGAGGCAUAUGAAGAACAAAAGAAAAAAGUAGCAGAUUAUCCAAAUCGGACUCCAUCUAUAUGGCUAGCAAUGUACAGAGCUUUUGGGCGACCAAUUCUCCUUAGUAGCACAUUUCGUUACCUUGCUGACUUACUGGGUUUUGCUGGACCUCUCUGCAUUUCUGGAAUAGUUCAGCGUGUGAAUGAAACCCAGAAUGGGACAAAUAACACAACAGGAACUUCAGAAACCCUCUCAUCAAAGGAAUUUCUUGAAAAUUCUUAUGUUCUAGCGGUUCUUCUCUUCUUGGCUCUCAUUCUGCAAAGGACAUUUUUACAGGCUUCUUACUAUGUAACCAUAGAGACCGGCAUUAACCUCCGUGGAGCUCUCCUGGCCAUGAUAUACAAUAAAAUCCUUAGGCUCUCUACGUCUAAUCUAUCCAUGGGUGAGAUGACCCUGGGACAGAUCAAUAACUUGGUUGCUAUUGAGACCAAUCAACUCAUGUGGUUCUUGUUCCUGUGUCCCAACCUAUGGGCUAUGCCUGUUCAGAUCAUAAUGGGAGUGAUUCUACUCUAUAAUUUACUUGGAUCGAGCGCAUUGGUUGGUGCAGCUGUCAUUGUGCUCCUGGCGCCAAUUCAGUACUUCAUCGCUACGAAGUUGGCAGAGGCUCAGAAGAGUACUCUUGAUUAUUCCACUGAGAGACUGAAGAAAACAAAUGAAAUAUUGAAAGGCAUCAAACUUUUAAAGUUGUAUGCUUGGGAGCACAUUUUCUGCAAAAGUGUGGAAGAAACAAGAAUGAAAGAAUUAUCCAGUCUCAAAACCUUUGCACUUUAUACAUCACUCUCCAUCUUCAUGAACGCAGCAAUUCCCAUAGCAGCUGUUCUUGCUACAUUUGUGACCCAUGCGUAUGCUAGCGGGAACAAUCUAAAACCUGCAGAGGCCUUUGCUUCACUGUCUCUCUUUCAUAUCCUCGUCACUCCACUGUUCCUGCUCUCCACGGUGGUCAGAUUUGCGGUCAAAGCCAUCAUAAGUGUUCAAAAGCUAAAUGAGUUUCUGCUGAGUGAUGAGAUUGGCGAGGACAGCUGGCGAACUGGUGAAAGUUCUCUUCCUUUUGAGUCGUGUAAGAAACACACUGGAGUUCAGCCGAAAACUAUAAACAGGAAGCAGCCUGGAAGAUAUCACCUGGACAGCUAUGAGCAGUCAACACGACGUCUACGUCCUGUAGAGACUGAGGAUAUUGCAAUAAAGGUCACAAAUGGGUACUUUUCAUGGGGAAGUGGUUUAGCUACAUUAUCCAAUAUAGAUAUUCGAAUUCCAACAGGCCAGUUAACCAUGGUGGUGGGCCAAGUGGGUUGUGGGAAGUCAUCUCUUCUCCUUGCCAUCCUCGGUGAGAUGCAGACUCUGGAAGGAAAAGUUCACUGGAGCAAUGUUAAUGAAUCUGAACCUUCUUUUGAAGCAACCAGAAGUAGGAACAGGUAUUCUGUGGCUUAUGCAGCUCAAAAGCCUUGGCUAUUAAAUGCUACGGUAGAAGAAAAUAUUACCUUUGGAAGUCCUUUCAACAAACAAAGGUACAAAGCUGUCACAGAUGCCUGCUCUCUUCAGCCGGAUAUUGACUUACUACCAUUUGGAGACCAGACUGAAAUUGGAGAGAGGGGCAUCAACCUGAGUGGAGGUCAGAGGCAAAGAAUCUGUGUGGCACGAGCUCUCUAUCAAAAUACCAACAUUGUCUUGUUGGAUGAUCCGUUCUCUGCCCUGGACAUUCACUUGAGUGACCACUUGAUGCAGGAAGGGAUUUUAAAAUUUCUCCAAGAUGACAAAAGGACACUCGUUCUAGUGACCCACAAAUUACAGUAUCUAACACAUGCUGACUGGAUCAUAGCCAUGAAAGAUGGAACUGUCCUAAGAGAAGGGACUUUGAAGGACAUUCAAACAAAAGACGUUGAGCUUUAUGAACACUGGAAAACACUUAUGAAUCGGCAAGAUCAAGAAUUAGAAAAGGAUAUGGAAGCCGACCAAACAACUUUAGAGAGGAAAACUCUCCGAAGAGCCAUGUAUUCAAGGGAGGCUAAAGCCCAACUGGAGGAUGAAGAUGAAGAGGAAGAGGAGGAAGAAGAUGAGGAUGAUAACAUGUCCACUGUAAUGAGGCUCAGGACUAAAAUGCCGUGGAGAACCUGCUGGCGGUACCUCACUUCUGGAGGAUUCUUCUUGCUCUUCCUGAUGAUUUUCUCUAAGCUUUUGAAGCAUUCAGUCAUUGUAGCUAUAGACUAUUGGCUGGCCACAUGGACCUCGGAGUACAGUAUAAACAAUACCGGAAAAGCUGAUCAGACCUACUACGUGGCUGGAUUUAGCAUACUUUGUGGAGCAGGUAUUUUCCUCUGCCUGGUUACAUCUCUCACUGUAGAAUGGAUGGGUCUCACAGCUGCCAAAAAUCUUCAUCACAAUCUCCUCAAUAAGAUAAUUCUUGGACCGAUAAGAUUCUUCGAUACCACACCCCUGGGACUGAUUCUCAAUCGCUUUUCAGCUGAUACAAAUAUCAUUGAUCAGCACAUCCCUCCAACUUUGGAAUCUCUAACUCGCUCAACACUGCUCUGCCUGUCUGCCAUUGGCAUGAUUUCCUAUGCUACCCCUGUGUUCCUGGUUGCUCUUGUGCCUCUUGGGGUCGCCUUUUAUUUUAUCCAGAAAUACUUCCGAGUGGCCUCUAAGGACCUCCAGGAACUUGACGAUACCACCCAGCUCCCUCUGCUUUGCCACUUCUCAGAAACAGCUGAAGGGCUCACCACCAUUCGGGCAUUUAGGCAUGAAACCAGAUUUAAGCAACGUAUGCUGGAACUGACAGACACAAACAACAUUGCCUACUUAUUUCUCUCAGCUGCCAACAGAUGGCUAGAGGUCAGAACGGUACGUUCAUCUCAUGAUUUCGAAAUGGAAGCCCAACAGAAAGGAGGCCUGGUGCAAAGAGGGAGCCAGUUGUAAAAAUUAGUCUUCCACUGAGAUUCACAUUUUCUGGACUUUAAAAUAGCUCAGGUUUGUUUAUCUUACAGAUGAAAUUUGUUGUAAUGUUUUAGCUAAUGGCAACACAAAUAGCCCAAACAGCAAAAAUUCAUUUCAUGUUCAUUAGUCUCUAGAUUACAUAAGUUAAUGGAAUGGCAAAUAUU